GUACACCGCCUCGUUCGCGCCCGGGCUCUUCGAGUCCCCCACGCGCGAGCUCGCGCUCUUCCUCUACGGCGGGGGCUUCUCCCUCGGCAGCGCGCUGUCCUCGCUGGCGGGGGGCUUCUGGGGCGGCGCGCUGGACGUCCGGGUGGCGUCCAAGACGGUGCGCAUCGAGGCCGGCCGUGACGUCGAGGCGGCCGCGCAGGUCAGUCGCGCGGGCUCGACGAGCACGCUCAGGUACUCCGCGGAGCUCAUGCCGCUCAGCUCCCAACGCAUGAGUGAGGAGAUCAUGUCCGUGGAGCUGCCCGCGCCGCUGGGCAAGCAGGAC